GGUGCACCAUCCUAGCCCUACCCCUCAUAUGCUCGCUUCUCUCCUGCUGUCAGGCAAAAUCAGCAUGCAAAUGCCCCAGCUCCGACCAGGAUCCCAGAAACAUGUACACAUUGAGCAAUACCUUCGACAACCUUCAUGGCUACCUGGCUUCAAACUCAAGAUAUACGACGUUUCUAUCAGCUGGUCUCGGGUAUUACAAGAAACAUCCUCCACCGAAGCUGAACUUAUCUGAACCGGCGCUGCUUAUCAUUGAUGAGCAAUGGAUCGAGUUGUGGGAACCAAGCGGCGAUCGGACGACGAUCCGCGAGGCAUCCUUCAACGUCGUAUUCACCAUGAGCAUCUACCAACCAAACAACCAGACGACGCCAGGUGGUGGUAAUCUGAUCUUCACCAUACUCCCUCGCGACUUUCUGCUUGUCAAUGAGCCCUUUGCUAUUGCUGCACAACUCUAUUCCUCCUGGGACACAUCUAACCCUAUCGUGGAUACCAAACUCGCGGGCAACCAAUUCACCAUCAUGGCCGGUACAUGUGACCAGAUGGUAUCUAUUCAGAAGACACUACUUAAUAAUGACAAUAGUUUUGACAGUAGUUUUAACUGUGUGGAAAUUGCCAUAGAGCCGUCGGGGGCAGUAGUCGGUUCAAGGAAAAAGUACAGUUUUUCGAUUGACUACAACUCUCUCGGCCAUAAUAUGACGGUCCAGGUCAGCGUCGUCGACGGCGAAGAGGGAGGAAAGCAAAGCAGCGGCAGCAAGCACCGCGUCAACUUCAGCAACAUCGUCUCUUCCCAGUCUGGCUUCUUCAGCUUCUCCUCCUCCAUGGGGCAACUCUUUCAACUCGACACCUUCAACUCGACGGUCGACCGGCUCUCCGACGAGUUGGAAAAAAUCCCUCACAAGAAGAAAUGGACUACUAUCAUUGUAUUGUCCUCCGUUCUCGGAUCAGCAGCUGCCACCGUGGUCACGGUAGUUGCUGUGUAUUGCUACUUCAACUCCAAGUACAGGGGGUGGAAGAAGGAGCUGGAUCAGCUGGCCAAGUCCAUCCAGCUGCUUCCAGGGGUGCCAACCCAAUUCAGCUUCAGCGAUAUUCGAAGAGCAACCAACAACUUCCACGAGACGACGAAGCUGGGGCGAGGCGGGUUUGGCGCUGUGUAUAGAUGCAGGCUCCCUGGCGCCAAAAAGGGUGAGGCGCUCGAGGUCGCCGUUAAGAAGUUCAGUCGGGAUGACAACCGACGUUAUGAGGACUUCCUAGCAGAGGUCAGCGUCAUCAAUCGUCUCCGCCACAAAAAUAUCGUCCCUCUCGUCGGGUGGUCUUACAAUAAAGGAGAGCCCUUACUUAUCUACGAGUACAUGCCUAAUGGUAGCUUGGACCAACAUCUCUUCAGGAGCGGUGGUAAACAGCAGCAACCAAAUCAGAUUAAUAGGUGGGACACUCGUUAUAACAUGGUGAAGGAUAUUGCUACAGGACUGCACUAUGUCCAUCAUGAGUAUGAGCCUAUGGUGCUCCACCGUGAUAUCAAGGCAAACAACAUCAUGAUCGAUUCCGCCUUCCAAGGACGCCUAGGGGAUUUUGGACUUGCCUGUGUUGUGCCCGAGGGAAAGAAAUCCUACACUGACAUAGGCGCCCCUGGAACCCUUGGCUUCAGGGCACCUGAGUAUGUUCAAAGUGGAAAGGCCACAACCAAGUCGGACAUCUUUGCAUUCGGGGUCCUCAUUCUGGAGAUUGUAACAGGCAAGGUGGCGGUUGAUGCGCAGUUCUGUCAUCUUACAGAUUGGGUCUGGCGUCUUCACAAGGAGGGUAGGCUACUCGAUGCUAUUGACCCUCAGCUAACAACAGAGUUUCAAGCCAGCGAUGCCAAGCGCCUGCUACUUCUCGGUUUGGCAUGCAGCAACCCGAACCCAUCGGACCGGCCAACUAUGGUGGAAGCAGUGCAGAUCAUAACCAAAUCGGCACCGCCACCAGACGUGCCUCUUGAGAAGCCAAGGUUUGUGUGGCCACCAGAAGGGCUUUCCUUGAGCUCUGACUACAGCACGGAGCUGAGCAGUUUGGGCAGCAGUCUGACAGUCAGGAUCGAGAUGACUGCAGGACAUGGCUCUUCUGAGAACGGAGGCAAUAGUUUGCACCACCGUCCCAUCACUCCCAUGGCAGGGCCUUCACAGGAGCUUUUCUCCAUUUAUCACACCGCUGAGUAGUGACUGAAAGGUAGUUGGUUGCGGCAUCGAUUUGAUUUGCUUCACCGAAGCCUUGGGUGUGUUUGUAUAAGGGUGUGCCAUAUGUUGUGUAACCUUUUCAACCUUUUCAGAUACGGUGUGUUUGGUUUGUAAGGUAGUAGAUAGUAAUA